CCCCGCCGUGGGAGGAGGGCCGCGUGCCGCGUCUGCUGGAAGAAACCGGGAGCGAGCCGGAGCAGAAGCGAGGAGCCUUCAGGCCCGCGGAGCCGCGGGGGUAACGCCCGGGCGCAGCUGAGUCGGAGGCCGCGGCUGCGCGGCCGACGGGCCCGGCUAGGCCCGGCGCGGAGGGAGUCGUGCCCUGUACUGACGCGGAUGAGCGAGGCGCCACGGCCUGAGUGAGACCUAAUGAAAAGAGCAUGACUUUGGAGGCAAAAGACUUAAGUUUCAAGGUCCUGUUUCUUCACUUCCUAAUUUUGUGAUUUGGAAAUCUCUAAUGCAAGAUGUUGGCAUUGCAAACUUGGAUAGUGCACGCAUUGUUUAUUUUCUUCACCACUGAAUCUGUAGGUGAACUUCUAGAUCCAUGUGGUUAUAUCAAACCUGAAUCUCCAGUUGUACAGCUUGGCUCUAAUUUCACUGCAGUUUGUGUGCUAAAAGAAAAAUGUAUGGAUUAUUUUCAUGUAAAUGCUAGUUACAUUUUCUGGAAAACAAACCAUCUUACUGUUCCUAAAGAGCAAUAUACCAUCAUAAACAGAACGGCAUCUAGUGUCACGUUUACAGAUACGUCUUUAUUAAAUACUCAGCUCACUUGCAACAUUCGUACAUUUGGACAGAUUGAUCAGAAUGUUUAUGGAAUCAGAAUAAUUUCAGGCUUGCCUCCAGAAAAACCUAAAAAUUUGAGUUGCAUUGUGAAUGAAGGAAAGAAAAUGAUGUGUCAGUGGGAUCCUGGAAGGGAAACAUACCUGGAAACAAACUUCACUCUAAAAUCUGAAUGGGCAACAGAGAAGUUUGCUGAUUGUAAAACAAAACGUGACACCCCCACCUCAUGCACUGUUGAUUAUUCUCCUGUGUAUUUUGUCAACAUUGAAGUCUGGGUAGAAGCAGAGAAUGCCCUUGGGAAGGUUACAUCAAAUCAUAUAAAUUUUGAUCCUGUAGAUAAAGUGAAGCCCAAUCCGCCACAUAAUUUAUCUGUAAGCAACUCAGAGGAACUGUCCAGUAUCUUAAAAUUGACGUGGAUCAACUCAAGUAUUCAGGGUUUUAUAAGACUGAAAUAUAACAUUCAAUAUAGGACCAGAGAUUCCUCAAUUUGGAGCCAGAUUCCUCCUGAAGAUACAGCAUCCACCCGAUCUUCAUUCACUGUCCAGGACCUUAAACCUUUUACAGAAUAUGUGUUUAGGAUUCGUUGUAUGAAGGAAGAUGGUAAAGGAUUCUGGAGUGACUGGAGUGAAGAAGCAAGUGGUAUCACAUAUGAAGAUAGACCAUCCAAGGCACCAAGUUUCUGGUAUAAGAUAGAGCCAUCCCAUACUCAUGGCUAUAGAUCUGUACAACUCAUAUGGAAGACAUUGCCUCCUUUUGAAGCCAAUGGAAAAAUUUUGGAUUAUGAAGUGACACUUACAAGAUGGAAAUCACGUUUACAGAAUUACACAGUUAAUGACACAAAAUGGACAGUAAACAUCACGAAUGAUCGUUAUAUAGCAACUCUCACAGCAAGAAAUCUGGUUGGCAAGUCAGAUGCAGCUGUUUUAACUAUCCCGGCUUAUGACUUUCAAGCUACUCGGCCUGUAACGGAUCUUAAAGCAUUUCCCAAAGAUAAUAUGCUUUGGGUAGAAUGGACUGCUCCAAAUGAAUCUGUGAACAGAUACGUACUUGAGUGGUGUGUGUUAUCAGAUAAAGCGCCCUGUGUCCCAGACUGGCAGCAGGAAGCUGGCUCUGUACACCGCACCUAUUUAAGAGGGAACCUAGCAGAGAGCAAAUGUUACUUGAUAACAGUUACUCCAAUAUAUGCUGAUGGACCAGGAAGCCCGGAGUCUAUAAAAGCAUACCUUAAACAAGCCCCACCUUCCAAAGGACCUACUGUUCGGACAAAAAAAGUGGGGAAAAAUGAAGCUGUCUUAGAGUGGGACCAACUUCCUGUUGAUGUUCAGAAUGGAUUUAUCCGAAAUUAUACUAUAUUUUAUAGAACCAUCAUUGGAAAUGAAACCGCCGUGAAUGUGGAUUCUUCCCACACAGAAUACACAUUGUCCUCUCUGACCAGUGACACUUUGUACAUGGUACGAAUGGCAGCAUACACAGACGAAGGUGGAAAGGAUGGCCCAGAAUUCACUUUCACCACACCAAAGUUUGCUCAAGGAGAAAUUGAAGCCAUAGUUGUGCCUGUUUGCUUAGCGUUCCUGUUGACAACCCUUUUGGGAGUAUUGUUCUGCUUUAAUAAGCGAGACCUAAUUAAAAAACAUAUCUGGCCUAAUGUUCCAGAUCCUUCAAAGAGUCUUAUUGCCCAGUGGUCACCUCAUACACCCCCUAGGCAUAAUUUUAAUUCAAAAGAUCAAAUGUAUUCAGAUGGCAAUUUCACUGAUGUAAGUGUUGUGGAAAUAGAAGCAGCAAAUGACAAAAAGCCUUUUCCAGAAGAUCUGAAAUCACUGGACCUGUUCAAGAAGGAGAAAGUUAGCACUGAAGGACACAGCAGUGGUAUUGGAGGGUCUUCUUGCAUGUCCUCCUCCAGGCCCAGCAUUUCGAGCAGCGAUGAAAAUGAGUCUGCACAGAACACUUCGGGCACCGUCCAGUAUUCCACGGUGGUGCACAGUGGCUACAGACACCAGGUCCCGUCGGUCCAAGUCUUCUCAAGAUCCGAGUCCACCCAGCCCUUGUUGGAUUCUGAGGAGCGGCCGGAAGAUCUACAGCUGUUAGAUAACACAGACAGCAGUGUCGGCAAUUUUCCCAGGCAACAGUAUUUCAAACAAAACUGCAGUCAGCGUGAAACCAGCCCAGAUAGUUCACAUUCUGAAAGGUCAAAGCAAGUUUCAUCGGUCAGUGAAGAAGAGUUUGUGAGACUCAAACAGCAGAUUUCAGGUAUCUCACAGCCCUAUGGAUCUGGGCAAAUGAAAAUGUUUCAGGAAAUUUCUGUAGCAGAUGCUUUUGGCCCACGUACUGAGGGACAGGUAGAGAGACUUGAAACAGUGGGGAUGGAGGCUGCAGUUGAUGAAGGAAUGCCCAAGAGUUACCUCCCGCAGACUGUCCGACGCGGUGGCUACAUGCCUCAGUGAAGACUGGUUCCUGUACGAUUUCAGCAGCGCCUAUAAACUAAAGCUACUUUUAUCUGUUAUUUCAGAUAAAAAUAAUCUUCACUCACUGAAGAUAAGCAUUUGCCCUUCAGGACAAGAAACUGUCCUCCCCCAUGGGCUAUUUCCCUUCCAGAGUAUCUGGGAUUCUACUUUGAAGCACUACAUAAACUGACUUCGUCCUCUGAAUGGCUGAAUGAUUUUGUGCUGUUUCAGGAUGUUUGCACUGAAGAAAAACAGAAAGCUUGUCUGAAAUUUAUAAAGUAAAACUUUGGUAGCUAGAAAACAGGGUAUUUAAUAAGCAGUGAUAUACUUAGUACAGCUAUACUGCUGUCACCAGAUAAAGUGGCCGAGAUAGAGUUAAGAUAAAAAAUUGGACGAGAUCUAGGCUCUGCUUCAGCUGACAGCGUUGAGAGAGCUGCAGGUGGCCUAAUUACAUAAACCCAAUUUUUGUUGUCUGACCCAAACCAACCAAAAAAAUAGUGGGCUUAAUAUUGCCAACAGGAAGUAGUAGACAUUCUCUUCUAUUGGUAAUGAUGCUGCCAGUUACAAUUCGAGUCUGAAUUUUGCAAAUUAAAAAAAUAUUUUUGAAUAUUAUAUAAUCAUAAGUAAUCUAAGAUUUUCAAAAUUUGCUUUCUUGUCGUUAUUCACAAAUUCAGCAGAGUGCCCAGUUAAGAGCUAGGAAUGAAUGCCAAACUAUGUUAACCAUUUUAAAAAUUCUUCACCAUUUAUAAAGACUUAAAUUAUUACCAUCUUUCUAUAUAUAUAUAUAUAUAUUAUAUAUAUAUAUAUAUAUAUAUAACAUUAUUGACCCUUUUUGUUAAAAUACUAGAGAAUUUGGUUGAUGAAGCACUUUAUACAAUGUUAAAUUAAAACACAUUUUAAGGUGAAGAUACAUGUUUUGUUUUUAUUUUUAAAUAGGCCAAGAUUCAAAGAUUUUUAUUGCUAGUAAGUGUUUGAAGCAAACUAAGAGGACAUGGGCACUACUUAGCAAAAUACAACACCAUCCAGAAGCAUACGUGUUGAUGUUAGUAAAUGUCACAGCGCAUACCCUGUUGUAAUGGCACCUAAUGAAGGGAUAUUAUUUUAAUAUCUGCCAGUCCUGAGGUAGAUGGGACUUAGUUCUACAUUGUGAUUUAGAGAGAUUUUAAACUUCUCCUUGCAAGUUUUGUUCUUCCCAGAGAGAAGUGAGCUAGGGCUCCAAUGUUCACUUAACCCCACUUUCACAUUUUUGUCAUACUCUAUCCGUCACAUCUGACCAGGAGGCAGGGCUAAAGACAGAAUAAGAAGUAUGAAGAAAUUUUCAUAAAUCAUUUGUGAUUGACUAGUGCUAUAAAGUACAUUUGCAGAAAGUAUGUUUUGGUUUUCUGUCAUAUUUAAAUCACCAAAACCAGGCCAAUUUCAAAUACUUUGUAGAGGUUAUUCAAGAAUAAAAGGCUAAGAAAAGUUGCUACCCAUUGACAAUUGAAAUCUAAUUCUACUCCUUACUCUCUCAGAAUAUUGUUCAUAUUAGACCUGUUUAUUAGACGUUAUCCUUUGUAUUCUUGGCCUACUGCGUUUAGAGCCCUUUCACACGGUCUUUGUGAGGCAGGGUAGAAGCAACAUGCGAUUGGCGAAUGACAGGAUGAGAAGUACAUGAGGAAGACUGGGCACAGAGAAGCCAAAUAGGGACAGAGGGACCCCAAAGUCACACUACAGGAUAAUGGCACCACCACCAUUUAAGCCUGAUUCAAAGUAGGAUUACAUUUAUCUUGCUAAGAAUCUGUCAAGAAAUUUCUAUCGGUUUAAUUUUUCAUUUCCUCCAAGUAAGUAGUCACGUUAUUUGUAAAAAUGGUCAGCUCUACCCUUCCUCAAGAUAAACAGCAGUGGUAGGAAGAAUUCUAGUGAGACAUUUGUCCUUGAGGGCAAGGGGGCAGUUAUAAAAUGUACACUCAUAAUCUAAGGGAAUGAGAAUGAAGUCAUUGAAGAAAAAACACCGUAUAAGCAAAUCUGUUGAAACAGGUAUAGAACAUGGUGCCCUGAGUGCCCCCCACCCAUGCCGGGUGCGAGAGCACUUUAGACAUACUAAACGGAUAGUUGCUGAACCAAUAAUCCACUGAGGAAAUAGCCUUAGAUUGGAUUACUAAAAAGUGAUGCACAUCUUUGCCCAGCAAGAGAAAAAGCAUUCUUGAAACUUGCUUAAAGUUCAAAAUUACUUUCCCAAGGCAUGUCUUAGGAUAAUUUGUGGGGUUUUCUCCUUCAGGUUUUUAAGAUAAUUUGUUUUGAGGCAUGUAAACUGUAUUUUAUGUAGGCAGAGAAACAAAUUCGGUUUAUAUGAAAAUUAGUCUAUAAGUUAGUGGAUGUGGUCCUCACUAAAUCUUGAGUAUACAGAAAUUUCCUUUAAUGCUGGCAAAGCCUCUCUAUGGACAAAACUAAUGCACUGCUUCUGAUGCACUGGGCCUCAUACAGGAGUAAAAAACAGGCAUGUGUGCCACAGGUAUUGCCGUUACAGUUUGUUACUGGUGUGUUUGGUACCCUACCCACAUCCCUUACAAAGGUAUGAUAACAAGCAGCUAUGGGAAAACUCCCAGACCUAAAACCCAUUAAAA